AUGAACGAACGUCUUUCAUCCCUAUUCAUGAGCAUCGAAUGGAGCAGAUUGAAUGGCUGCGGGUUGCCUGAUGACACGAGGAGAAUGCGAAGAGUUAGGGUGGCGCAAAAUAAAAAGGAACACGAUGCAGGUGUGUACUGGUGCGAGGCCAGGAAUACAUAUGGAGUGGCCCAGAGCCGGAAUGCGACACUACAAAUUGCAGUUCUGCGUGAUGAUUUCCGCGUUGUUCCCAAAGACCUGGUUGCGGUAUCCGGCGGACAGGCGUUGUUGCCGUGUCUGCCCCCACGUGGUGUUCCGGAACCAUCCGUACUAUGGACGAAAGAUGGCAAACCGCUAGAUUUUGCAGGAAAAAGAUUAUCGCUGGUCGACGGUGGUGGUUUGCUGAUUUCCGAAACCCGUUCGUCCGACUCUGGGGCGUAUCGCUGCGCUGCUCAGAACAUGGCUGGUGUGCGGCAAACAGACGCGGCCACACUGAAGGUGGUGACGCCGCCGCGUGUGUUGCGGGCACCGCAGGAUCGUGAGGCAGUACGAGGAGCUACGGCGGAAUUUCAGUGCCAAGUUACGGGUGAUCCUGCUCCAGAAGUGUCCUGGCGCAGAGCCGGAGGCCAACCUUUACCUGAAGGUCGUUACACUGUUUUGCCUGAUCAAACGCUUGUGAUAAAAGACACGAGGCCGGAGGACCAAGGACAAUAUGCUUGCGAAGCAACUAAUGAAGGAGGACACAUUGCGAAUAGUGCACGACUAAGUGUAUAUUCAUUAUCCAAGUUAAUCGAGCUACCAAAUGACGUAACAGUCGACCCUGGUGGCGACGUGACAUUGCCCUGCAGAGCAGAAGGCCAACCGGAGCCAAGGAUUUAUUGGGAACGUUUACCUUUAUCUACAGUGCAACACCAGGAUCACGAAAUACUUGCUCAACCAACCGGAGGAAGUAUUAACCAUUCCUAUGUCCCUUCCUCGAUGCCAACUUCUGGACCAGUGAGCGACGAAGAACUAUGGGAAGAUCGUGAACGUAUGCGAGAGCUUUCAGAAGAUGAGGAGGAAGUCAUGAAAAAUAUUUUUAUGGAAGAACAACGAAGGGAGAUACUGAGCAAGGAAAAAAUUAUGAGUCUUCGAUUAAAGCGUCAACUAUCGAACGACUUCCAAGGCCCUCAGCACCCACAGACCAUGAGUGUCCUCGAUUUGAGUUCCACCUCGCAGUCUGUGGUUCAACAAUCAGCCUCCACGGAUGAUUCAGCAACCCAUUUGGUUUCCCCCGGCGGCUCAUUCGACGCGCGCUCCUAUGUGACACAGAAGGGAGAGCUAAAACUAAGUGGCGCCGAUCGCAUGCAAUCGGGCUACUACGUUUGCACCGCGGUGAACGAGGCCGGAAGCACUAGCAAAAGAAUUUACAUAGAGGUGGCAACCCCUGAUGAAGCUGUCUACUCAUCCCGGCCACCAGAGCCUGACCAGCAGACAAGGCCACCAGUGCGUAUACAACGUGUGCAGGCCGUAAGUCCGAAUGCUGUACUGGUUGCCUGGUCAAAAGAUGAAUCUGAUACCAGCAGUCACGACGGUAUCGUUCUGAGAUAUCGUCCAGUGAAAGGAUUGUCAGAUGGCUUGAGCGUUGAUAAGAAUGUUCAAGACGAGUUUCAAUCUUUGGUUGUUAGCGACCAGACUUUGUCUCAAACUGUGAUAGGCGGUCUGAGAGCGCACACAAACUAUGAAAUUUUUGCAACUAGACGAAAUGCUCCUGCUUCUAAUAUAAGGAUAGGAACAACUAUGGAAGAUGCUCCCUCAGGGCCUCCCGUAGAUGUUAGAGUUGGUUUAAUAAAUUCAACUGCAGCUUAUGUUCGUUGGCAACCACCUGCAACGCACGAAUUAAACGGCGAUCUAGUGGGAUAUAAGAUUCAAAUUAAAAGCAACGCAACCAGCAAGAUUUUAGGACAAAUGACGCUCAAUGCAACAACGUUGUCAGUAGUUAUUAACAGUUUAUCCGCAGGCGGAAAAUACGUGGCCCGUGUUUCGGCCAUAACAGGCGGUGGAAGCGGGCCUUUCAGUCAGCCUUUAACAUUACACAUGGAUCCAGAACUUAUUCAGAGACCACCCAAGACUGAUCCAGCUGGUGAGUCAUCGCGUUGGCCUCUGGCAGCACUUGCUGCUGCAGGAGCAUGUUUAGCCGGAGGCGCAGCAUGUGCUGCUCUUUUUGUACGAUUGAGACGUCACAGAAAGAAGCCAGGAAAUGGUGCUAAGCAUACGGGAAUCACUGGAUAUGGUGUGAAUAGAACAGAAUCUCUUUGGGUUAAUGUUCUGCGUGAUGAUUUCCGCGUUGUUCCCAAAGACCUGGUUGCGGUAUCCGGCGGACAGGCGUUGUUGCCGUGUCUGCCCCCACGUGGUGUUCCGGAACCAUCCGUACUAUGGACGAAAGAUGGCAAACCGCUAGAUUUUGCAGGAAAAAGAUUGUCGCUGGUCGACGGUGGUGGUUUGCUGAUUUCCGAAACCCGUUCGUCCGACUCUGGGUCGUAUCGCUGCGCUGCUCAGAACAUGGCUGGUGUGCGGCAAACAGACGCGGCCACACUGAAGGUGGUGACGCCGCCGCGUGUGUUGCGGGCACCACAGGAUCGUGAGGCAGUACGAGGAGCUACGGCGGAAUUCCAGUUUACGGGUGAUCCUGCUCCCGAAGUCUCCUGGCGUAGAGCCGGAGGUCAACCUUUACCUGAAGGUCGUUACACUAUUUUGCCUGAUCAAACGCUUGUGAUAAAAGACACGAGACCGGAGGACCAAGGACAAUAUGCUUGCGAAGCAACUAAUGAAGGAGGACACAUUGCGAACAGUGCACGACUGAGUGUAUAUUCAUUAUCCAAGUUAAUCGAGCUGCCAAAUGACGUAACAGUCGACCCUGGUGGCGACGUGACAUUGCCUUGCAGAGCAGAAGGCCAGCCGGAGCCAAGAAUUUAUUGGGAACGUUUACCUUUAUCUACAGUGCAACACCAAGAUCACGAAAUACUUGCUCAACCAACCGUUCAUUUAAUUCUUGUAUAUAAAGAAUGUUACGAGGAAGUAUUAACCAUUCCUAUGUCCCUUCCUCGAUGCCCCACUUCUGGACCAGUGAGCGACGAAGAACUAUGGGAAGAUCGUGAACGUAUGCGGGAGCUUUCAGAAGAUGAGGAGGAAGUCAUGAAAAAUAUUUUUAUGGAAGAACAACGAAGGGAGAUACUGAGCAAGGAAAAAAUUAUGAGUCUUCGAUUAAAGAGAUCAAAGUCUUUCAUAUUACUUCCAAGCCCAGCUUGA